CCUAAGGUAUAUCUACUCUCUAUAGAUCUUGAACGAUGCACACGAAUGCACUUUUGACAAGAAGAAACAAGGAAGAGUUUAGAUAAACAAACAUUCGGAUCACGUUAGUCAUAAUCGUCAUUAUCUCUAGUAACGAUGGCGAAGUUCAUACCUAUAGUAAUUUGUUUCGUGAUUGCGAGCACUCGCUUGAUCGUCCACGCAGAGCCAGAAUGCGUCGAUAUUCAUGCGUUCCUUAAAGACACAUCAGCACUGAUGAGAUCGCUUCCGGAUCAUACAUAUCCAGUGUUCAAUUUGUGCACUGCCGACACGGCACAGAAGACGUUUCACAGUGCAGUCACGUUUUAUCGGAACAUGAGCAACUCGCCGCCGUGUAAAAAAUAUCUGGAAAAUAACCGCCUGACGGUUUAUCAGAGCAUUUACGCUGAACUGACCGGUCUGUGGGAUGCAGCCAACUGUGAAGCUUGUACCGGGGCUGUAAAUGAUACAGCGAAGUUUAUGAACCUAUCGAAUACGUUGGAUGCAUGUUUCGCCCGUUCCAAAACGCCGUGUGUAAGCUGCGACACCGAUUACCAGAAUGUGCAACAAUUCUACGCUAGUAUCAACAAAAAACAGCACGGAUCCGGCAUGUGUUUCGACAUUGAGGAUCGGAUGAAUCAAACGCGACGGAUUUGGUCCGGUCAGUACAACUGCUGCAAAGAUAAACGGCACUCGAUGGUAAUCUUUGCCUCGAUUGCAUCCGUCGUUUGCGUUCUACCGUUUCUGUUCUACACGCUGAUGCAUCUAGCAGCAACGCGCCGAGAAAGACUUCGGCUUAGUUUGCUGCUCGUUAACGACGAGCCAGACCAACCAUCUGGCUCACGAAACAAUAACGGAGUGAUUCGAAAUUCGGACAUGGAACGUAUUGUGGAGGUAGAUGAUGAUGAGGAAAAUCAUGCAAAUGAUAGUGAUUCUGAUGGUGACAGCUUUCACAAGAAGCCACCGACAGCCAAGUUUAACAAUCUCGAUGUAAAGGAAGGGAAUUUACUAGAUGUUAGCGAAUUUGAGCAUUCAUCAUCAAUACUGCAGCCGCAACCGGAUCCAGUUGGUCAUAAGCAUGACCGUCAUCAAAAAGAAUCUGAUGAUGAAAGCCUGCUGCCAUAGCUGCAGCUUUGCUUUAAGUAUAGAAGUUAAUACAUAUUUCAUGACAUAUUAGCCGCAAUGUUGUAAAACAUUGGAAUCAUUCAAUAUGUUCAUGUUACAAGAGAAUUAAUUCUGAAUAUUAAUAAUGCUUUUGUUAUUGAGCUGCUUUAUACGAAAUCGGUAUGAAUAAAAUGUAAAUCGUUAA